ACAGUAUUCGCCUUGAUCUUGAACGUUAAACAUCUCACUUUAUAGUACUAAGCGGUGUUUUAAAUUUUUUCGGCUUAAUUUGAAAUUGAUUAGGUUUGAAAUUGAUAAAACAUCGAAAUUAAUUUUUUAACAUAAGAAAAAGUUUUGAGAUUUUGUGUUCAUUUAAAUUAGUUUUAUAAAAAGUGAAUAGUAAAGAAUUAGAAUGUGGAAAAUUGCAACAAUAUUUUUAAUUGUAUUUGCUUGUGUAAAUGCGAAGGAGGAUGUCCCGGAAAAGACUGGUCGGCAGACGUCAUCACUUGUAAAAGCAAUUCUCUGUUAUGUCUCACCAACUCCUUGGAAUUGUCUUAAAGAGCAAACUGGGCGAAUGCUCGAUAAUUUGGAAGAUUCUGUUGAGCAAAAACGACACGAAUUAUUAGUUCAAGCGGAUGAAGAGAUGAAAGAGAAAGAAACUUCGCGUGGUGCAAGCAAUGAUGAGAAAACCGAGUUACCAUCUGAAGUAAUGGGAGCUUUAGAUCGUGGUGUUUCUGAAAUGUCUGACUUAAUUACAGGUAAGGGUAAAAAAGGAAAGAAAGGCAAGAAAGGAUUGAUGAAGAUGUUCUUCCUUGGUGCCAUAAUUAAGUCAAAGAUCGAACUGUUGCUUAAGAUCUUGUCAUUCCAUUUACAAUUGAAAUUCUUUGCUGUCGCUCUUGCCUCUCUGAUGAUUAACUUAGCCCGCUUCUGGAUUGACUUGAAGAAGGCACCACACAAGCAUCAUUACGAUCAUGAUCAUGAUGACUGGGGAAGCUCAUGGAAGCGACAAUCAAACAAUCAAGAUUAUAAUUCAGAAAGCGGUUUUGCCCAUCGAUUGGCUUACAGUAACCAACCGUACCCCCAACAAUAUCAACAGCAAUUUUAAUUCUUAAAUAAAUUAAAGAAAAACUUCGUAAAUCUGUUAAGUAUUUAAGAGACUUUGGUUGAAUGAAAAUUAUUUAUUGAAAUUUAAUUUAUUGAAAUUUAAUUUAUUACUUCUUGAUUAGAGUAAAGACAAAUGAGUUGUAAAUAAGUUGACGAAUCAAAACAAAUGAAAAUUAUCGAUGGUCAUUGAAAUUUUGUACAAAAAAGAAAGAACAAUAAAAGUUAUUUAAAGAAAACAGA